AUGGCCCGUAUAAAACAGGGAGUCUUCUCCUGGGAGGAUGUACUGCAUCAGCGGUUCCAGAGCAACAAACCCCCUCCCCUCCCCCGCCGCCAAACAAUAGCGUUCUCCGCACCCCAACUCCAAAGCCGACUCCUCACCCGGCUAUCACCGGAGCUUCGGCUAAUGAUCUGGGGAUUCGUCCUCGCCGGCCAACGAAUCCACAUAGUCCAAUGCAGCAAGCAGCGACUCGGGCACGUGGUGUGUCCCUGUGCGCUCGAGCCCAGAUCUUCACCACCGAAACGCCACACGCGCCAGAACAGAAACUUAUUCUGCGAGAUCUGCCAUGGCACGGGCAUCUCUCAGCCGGCGAAAGAGGCCGAUCUCGUGCGCUGGGAUAAGGUUAAGCUACUGGGUCUGGCCUUGACUUGUCGGCAGAUAUACCACGAAUCCAUCCCCCUCCUCUACACCCUCCCAACCCUAGAAUUCAGUAACCCCUGGACCCUCCCAUACCUCCUCCCCACGAUCCCGCCCGAACACCGCGAACGCAUCCGCGCCAUCGAGCUCCGCUGGUCCUUCCCGGGCCACUGGCUCCCGAGCAAGGACUCCGUGCGCGCGGUCUACGUGUCCGCCGGACGGACGCAGUGGACGGAGACGUGUCGGGCGGUCUCGCAGCUGGAAUCGCUGCGGUCGUUCGUGCUCGUGCUGGAGAGUAACUGGUUCAGCGAGCCGGUCGAGAAACUGGCUGCGUUUUUGGAGCCGCUGAGCGGGGUGGUUGUUCGGUCGAGGGCUGUUUCGAGGCGGAGGUGGGAUUGGGGGUGUAUUGGGAGGGAUGGGGGGGAUGUGGAUAGAGAUGUGCAUAUGGAUCUUGAUAGGGUUGGGGCUCGGUUUGCGGUGAAGGAUGGCUUCGGUGAUGGGUUCAGUUCGGACGAGGACUCUUGUAAGAGUCUUGGAUCGGAUUCUAGCUCGUUUUCUUCUGGCACUGGGGAUUCGACGGUUUCUACGGGGAGCUGGGAGCUCCGGCUUCAGGGUCAGUGUUAUUAUACGCAUGAACUGGAUCGCGUAGGGGUGGAUCUUCGGCGGAGAGGUGUAGAUUGCUGGAUAUCGGCGGUGUGA